AUGUCACAGAAGGCUGCUUCCUCUAGAAAUGCGUCAUCUGCAGUUUCUUCUAAUCUAGACAAUAGAAGUUCAUUUGAUCGUGACUGGAGGGAAUCAAGAACGGUUGCACAAUGUGUGUCACAUCUUUACUUCUCAGAACAUCUUUCUGACAUCAGCUUUACCUUCAGCGAUGAUAAAAGUGUGAAACUUCCGGCCCAUAAAUUUGUACUGAGCCUGCGCAGUGAUGUUUUUGAAGCCAUGUUUUAUGGUUCUCUUGCUAAAGGAGAUGAAACUGUGUUAAUCAAAGAUGUCAAACCUGACGUAAUGAAGACGAUUUUAAGAUUUGUCUACACCGACAAGCCAAAAAUUGACGGAAAUAAUGUCUUACCUUGUUUGUAUGCAGCACAAAAGUACAACUUGUCUGGUCUUGUCAAACAAUGCUCCGACUUUCUUCAAAACAACAUUGAUGAGAACAAUGUGUGUCAGAUAAUCGAGCAUGCCAUCAUUUAUCAGAUGUUUCCUCUACAAGAGAAAUGUAUUUCAUUCAUCAUGGAUAACGCAUCAAGUGUCCUUUCUGCUCCAGGUUUUAUAGAAUUAUCGCACGCAACAUUGUUGAAUAUUCUCAAACGAGACGAAUUAGCAAGCGAAGAAAUAGAUGUAUUUACAGCAGCAAUGAAAUGGGCGGAACACAAUAGUGAAUCUAAAUCUGGACAAAAUAUGCGCGAUCAACUUGGGGAAGCUUUGUUUCAGAUAAGGUUUCCGAAUAUACCAAUAGAAGAUUUUGCGCGAGUUGUUACUCCAUCUGGAAUACUAACCAAGGAAGAGCUACUGACGCUGUAUCAAUUUAACGCAACAAAAGGGUCGACACCUUUAGGGAAAUUCAGACAAGAGAAAAGACCGGGAGCAUCAAUUACUGUCAACAUCGGACAGUAUAAGCAUAGUCUGCAACAUAUGGGUAUGAGCCCUGGUUGUUACUUAAUUAUACAAGGUUAUAAAAAUCGUCCGGGACAAGCUCCAAUUUGUUUAUCUCCACGUCAAGUUAUAAUUAAACCAAACACAAUAUCCGUAAAAUUAAAAUUUGUCACUGGUACGUUUGUUGGAACUGUUACAGGGAUUGACACCAAUGGGGUUCACAUUCAUGAUUAUAAAACUAAUGGAGAUAAACUUAUCUUCAUGAAUCCGAUCGACAUAUCUGGCAAUAUCAGUAUCAAGUUUCAUUUUAGCAACGAAAAUCAGAAUAAUUUCGGUUUUGGAUUUCAGCAACCAAACCAUUUUACAUAUACAUCAAAUAUACAGGAAAACGUGAAAGGACAGAAUAUUAUGAUCACCAGAAUUCCAGACGGCUUAGAAACAAUCACCUUUGUUUGAAUGUAAAUGAUUGUUAGUUCCACAUAUCUGAAAUUUUUUUACGUAGUUUCGUAUAAAUAUAUUUUUUCUUGCUGUAUAAAUUGCUAGUCAAUAUUUUGUAUAAAUGUUAAAGAAAGGAAGAGACCUGAAUGUCUGCUUUAAGAUAGAAGCAAAUUAAAUCAUAGAGGUUUGCUUCCACAAGAAGAAUAAAUUGUUUGAAAAU